AAGAGUCGAUAUAUUCAGAUUGCUUUAUUAGCGGUAUGCUCCGCCUAUCCGUACGUUUUAAGCUCCGAUGACGAGCUAUCUGACGUCGCGGAACAUCCCAUUACAAAGAGAGCGUUCGAUCGCAUCGAGAGCAACGAUUUUGGGCUCUUCAAGCGAGCACUCGCGAAACGAGCCUUUGAUCGACUUGACAUGGCUGAUUUUGGAUUCCGACGGAAGCGUGCGUUCGAUAGAAUAGCACGCGCCGAAUUUGGACUCGAAGGCUUCCGCAAGAAGCGAGCAUUUGACCGGCUAUCAAUCGCGGACUUUGGUUUCCGGAAGAAGCGAGCAUUCGACCAGUUUCCUGACACAGCAUCAUAUCCAACUCGAGGUCAGUUGUAG